AUGGCCCCAAGUGCGAUCAGAGAUGACCAGGCUCAGGAUGACCUCAGCCCUCUAGAUGCCCUGUUCGUUGACCACGACCUAAUAGAACCAAUUGCUGUCAUUGGAUUCUCUCUGAAAUUUCCUCAAGAUGCAACAUCGCCAGAGUCUUUUUGGAAGAUGCUCAUGGAAGGACGUUCUGCCAUGACAAAGGUACCAGAGAAUCGUUUCAAUGUUGACUCAUUCCAUGUACGAGGCACAAAAAGGCGGGACGAGCUACCUUUAGAAGGCGGUCACUUUAUCGAGGAGGAUAUUGGGUUAUUUGACGCACCAUUUUUUAACAUUAGCCCGGUAGAGGCUUCUGCAAUGGACCCAAUGCAGCGAAUGAUGUUAGAAACCGCGUAUAGAGCCUUUGAAAAUGCUGGACUUCCUCUUGAAAAGGUCACUGGUAGCAACACCUCAGUAUUUUCAGGUUGCUUUACCACGGACUAUUUGUUGCAACUGAUGAGGGAUCCCCAAUACUUGCCAACAUACGCUGCUACAGGAGUAGCAGGAUCCUUACUCGCAAAUCGGCUGAGUUGGUUUUUUGACCUCAAGGGAUCGAGUGUCAAUUUAGAUUCAGCAUGUUCUAGCAGUGGCAUGGCGCUCGACUGGGCCUGCUGCCAGUUGCGUGACAGAUCAUGUAACAUGAGCGUAGUCGGAGGGUGUAAUCUGACGUUUGCUCCUGAAUAUUUUCAGCUACUCACAAACAUGAACAUGUUAUCUCAUUCGAGUCGUUCUUACUCAUUUGACUCCAGAGCUAACGGAUAUGCUCGAGGUGAAGGAUUCGGCGUGGUGAUCUUAAAACGAUUGGACGACGCCAUUGAAGAUGGAGACACCAUCCGUGCUGUUAUUCGCUCUACAGGCAGCAAUCAGGAUGGUCGAACUCCUGGAAUUACACAACCGAGCAGUGACUCUCAAGAACGUCUGAUUCGUGAAACAUAUCGAAAAGCAGGAUUGAGCAUGGCAUUGACCAGAUUUUGCGAGGCCCAUGGAACAGGAACAGCUGUAGGGGAUCCGAUUGAAUCCACGGCAAUUGGAAGUGCUUUUAGAGAAUUCCGUACACCAUCGGAUCCACUUAUCAUCGGUGCUCUGAAGAGUAAUAUCGGCCACCUUGAGGGUGCUGCCGGUAUUGCAGGGCUUAUCAAAGCUGUCCUAUGCCUUGAGAAAGGCAUCAUCCCACCCAAUGUGGAUUUUCGAAAUGUGAACCCGAAAAUAGACCCAGAACAUUAUUUCUUGUCAAUAGCUCUGGUGAAUCUCUUGGAAUAUUUUGGCAUCACACCAUCUGCAGUGUGUGGACAUUCCUCUGGUGAAAUUGCUGCAGCUUAUGCCGCUGGCGCUCUCUCCAAAGAAUCAGCAUUGAAGGUCGCUUAUUAUCGUGGACUAUUAGCCACGUCUCUGCCUGAAAGGAGUCCGCACACAGGCGCAAUGUUAGCCGUGGCUCUUCCUGCUGAACAAAUCGAGCCUUACUUUGCGAGAGUGUGUAAAGAGGGACAAUGGGGCCCUGUUGUGGCUUGUUACAACAGCCCGCAAAGCAUCACUGUGUCCGGCAUCGAAAGCCAGAUUGAUGAAUUAGCAUGUCUUCUCACCGAGGCUAACGUCUUUAACAGAAAGCUUCGUGUCAAUGUAGCAUAUCAUUCCCCUCAGAUGACGGAAAUUGCUCGUGAAUACUCGGAGCGGUUGGCAUCUUUGGACGAGGACGAGCAUCCACGGUCCGUGGGUAUGGUAUCCUCAGUAACUGGAGAAAAAUGCACAGCCAGCGACUUAUCUAAUGGAAGCUACUGGGUUGAGAACAUGGUUUCUUCCGUCCAAUUCUCCCAAGCGGUUGACAAUAUGUGCAAAAAGUCACCAAAAUCCGUGACAAAAAAGCUAGACCGAAGCCAUCUAUCUGCGGUAGCUGUUGACUAUCUUCUUGAGAUAGGACCUCAUGGUGCUUUGAAAGGUCCCAUACGUGAAAUACUGAAAUCUCAUCGUCGCGGCGCCAAUAUAACGUAUGACUCGCUUCUCAACCGAAAUGUUUCCGCUGUGGAUACAGUAUUACAAACUAUUGGUAAAUUGCACUGUGCAGGUUAUAUGGUCAAUCUAUCGGCAGUAAAUGGGCUCAGCUCAGGGACUUCCAAAUCUCGGCUUAUGGCCCUGGCUGAUCUGCCCGAGUAUCAAUUCAAUCACACUCAGAGAUACUGGCACGAAAGUCGAAUUACAAGUGACCUAAAACACAAAAGUCACAAAUAUAUGGAAUUGCUAGGAAGGCAGUCAUUGGACUGGAAUCCUAUCACGCCUCGUUGGCGACAUUUCUUGAGGACUGAGGAUAUGCCGUGGAUAGAAGACCACAAGAUCAAUGGUGUUGUUCUUUAUCCCGGUGCUGGAAUGUUAGCCAUGGCCAUGGAAGCAGCACGGACAAUGAAUGCUCCUCAAGAGAUUCUCGGAUAUCAACUCAAUAGCAUCACUUUCUCGGCUGCAUUGGACGUUUCGGCGGGAGAACUCGAAACACAAAUAGCACUUCAUCCGCAAAAGCAAGAUUCAGGAUCAAAAGAUUCCAGCUUUGAGUUUGUGAUUUCGUCUUACUCUGCUGGACGGUGGUCUGAGAACUGUAGAGGUAUGAUCACUGUCCAAGUUAAAGAUAACCACAGUCUCACGGGAAGUGGCCCAUCUACGGACGUUAUGCGGCUGAAAAAUGCGAGGUCUAUUCUCUCAAAGCCAUUUUACGACUUCCUGCUCCAUUGUGGUUAUGGCUAUGGGCCAUCCUUCCAAAGAAUACAGGACAUUCAAUACAGUCCCGACAGUAGUGAAGUUCUCGCAAAGGUAUCCUUGUACCAGGAUAGUGACCAGUCUUAUGUUGUGCAUCCAACAACACUGGACGCUAUCAUGCACCUUCAAUUUGCUGCUACCAGUAAUGGCUGCAAGAAAAGAGUAGGAACACUUAUUCCGACCAGAAUCGAGUCCUUGUGGGUUGCAGCUGAGGGACUAGGGCAUCUUUCAAAAGACCCUGUCAACAUUCUUACAAAAGUGAUGUCAGAAACGCACCGGUUCUGUAAAGUGUCGAUUAUUGGACGGAAUCGUGGAAAUCAACGGGAGAUUAUAAAGGUCACUGGUCUGGAAACGACUGCAGUUGCGACUGCGACAGAGUCAGGACCAAUUCGAAGCCCCGAGGAGCAAGUCAUUACCUACAUCGAUACUAAAAUCGAUAUUGACAUGGCUAGCAGCCAGCAAUUACUAGAAUAUUUGAUGAGAGAAUGCCCCGCGCCACCCGAACCAGCAGCUCAUCACUCACAACUACAAACACAUGUCUUUCAAUAUCUCCGCGAAGCCAAGAAACUGCUGCAAAACUUCAGCCCUGAGGAUCUGCCUCAGCAUAUAAAAGCUUAUAUAGCAUGGAUGGAUUUUCAACUCGAGCAGAGCGCCAAGUACGACAACAUAUAUUUGGAAGCCAGUUACGGAGAGCGACCGGCUGAGGAGCUCUUGUACAAGGAAGUUGGCAAAGAGCUCUUCAAUGUCCUCAGUCAAAAGACUAUGCCAACACAAUUGUUAUUCGAGACCGGACUUUUGGAUAAUUAUUACCUCGAGAAAGCUCAAACGGAGAUCUACAUAAUCAGACUAUUGAAGUAUAUCGAUCUUCUGGCACACAAGAACCCAUCGAUGAAGAUCAUCGAGGUUGGUGGCGGAACGGGUACUUUUACAGGACACAUUCUAGAAACUCUGCAGCGCCAUUCAGAUGGAGAGGAGGGAGUUGUUCGGUGUAGUAGCUACGACUUUACGGAUAUUGGACCAUUGUUUCUCGACCGUGCGAGAGAGAAGUUUGAGCAGUAUUCGGAUAAGAUGAAUUACGGUAUUCUGAACAUUGAGAAGGAUCCUUCGGAGCAAGGAUUUGAAGCCGGAUCGUACGAUCUCAUCGUUGCGAUAUCUGUCAUUCACGCCACUCGAUCUCUCGAGGAAUCUUUGAUCAACGUGCGAAAACUACUGAAACCUGGCGGUGUUUUCCUGCUUCAAGAGCCAACAACUCCAACCAAACCGACGACGGGUUUCGUAUUUGGAAUCCUCCCAGGAUGGUGGCUAGGCACCGAAGAAAAUCGUCAACUUUCACCGCUGGUGGACGAGGUAACAUGGAAUUCUCUAAUGCUCAAGACCGGCUUUACCGGUACUGAGCUGAUUCUUCGGGACUACGAGAGUGAACUCUGUCAUGAAAUGAGUUUCAUUAUCUCCAAAGCGGUCGAGGAGCAGCAGAUUGGCUCACUUGAGUCGCCAUUGCAAACGGAAUACAAACUCAUUGUGGAGAAGGACUCUAUACUCCAACAGCGUGUAGCAGAAGAGCUUCGACAAUAUGGACAGUCACAUAACUGUGAAUGCGAAAUCUUGACCCUUGAAGAGGCAGCAGAAGCUCCAGGACUCAAAGAAUACGCAUCCAUCUUUCUCCCGGAACUCGAGCACCCGUUACUUACAUCCAUGGACGAAAAGACCUACGAUACGCUGAAGACUCUCUUUUUGUCCUCAAGUCAUAUCCUUUGGCUGACCAAAGGGGGAGGUGAAUCUCUCAAGGAUCCUGGUUACAUAGUAAUUGAUGGAUUCGCAAGGUCUUUACGACUUGAGGUGAAUAACCUCAAAUUAAUCACGCUCGCACUUCAGGACGAGGGAGACUUGAGUCCUUCUCAGUUUGAGACCAUCUUCAAGGUCAUGGACAAAACUAUACAAAGUUCAAUGGAAGAUUACGAGCGGGAAUUUGUUGAGAAGAAUGGCAUGCUUCAUACAAAUCGGAUCAUUGAGGCCAAUUCUCUGAAGACAGAUUUCUUGGAUCGCCUCGCACAACACAAAACAGUCGAAACAGUCACGGAAGUGACACCAGUCUUAUUAGAUAUCGAAGUUCCAGGACAGCUUGACACUCUCCACUUCAAAAGGGACAGGGAUGCCAUCUUCCUACCAGACACCGACGAAGUUGAAAUCGAAGUCAAAGCUAUUGAGCUAGGAUUUGCUGACUACUCUGUGGUGACCGGUCGCUCCAAAGAGACCAAGAUUGGGACUGGGUGUUGUGGAGUCGUGUUGAAGGAUUUUCCCGAGGCAGGGUUCCAAGCAGGAGACAGGCUUUGGAUGUAUGGUAGUGGGAUGUGCAAGACUGUCGUUCGUUCACCCGCUGCACUGGUUACAAAGUUACCCGCAGACAUGCCCUUCGAGAAAGUAUGCUCAUUACCACCUGGCUCACUUACGGUUGCAUACGCCUUACAUCAGGCUAUACGCAUCCAAAAAGGCGACACGGUGCUAGUCCGCUGCUCCAGGUUGUUUCUUGAAGCCGCUAUACAGAUGGCUCUAGCAGCGGAAGUUGAUCUCUAUAUCGUUUCUGACGACGAAACAAAGAAAGAGAUCUUGAUACGCACAAAUCUGCCUGAAAACCACAUCAUCUGCCGAUCGCGUUUCAGCGAGUCCUUGGAUAAACUUCUAGGAGGACGAGGUGUCGAUGUAGUUCUAAACUCAGUUGCUGAAGAUAUUAGUCAAUGUUUUGAGUGUCUUUCGACCUUUGGCACUCUUGUAGACAUUGCUGACCACAGAGAUUCUGCCAUCAAGCUUCCAAGCCACCGGGCAAACUCGAACAUCACGACUAUCACAAUCAACAGCGCACUCAUAGCUCAAGAGCGGCCACAGAUGUUGAGCCCGGCCAUGGAGAAGGUAAUUUCAUUGGUUGAAGCGGGGGCAUUGAAGCCAUUCGUGGAGGCGAAGAUUUAUCCCUUGUCAAAGGUAAAGGAGGCAUUCGAGGAGAUAGGGGCCCAAACAGAAGGCGGAAAAGUGGUAUUGACUGUUGAGAAGCAAGAUGAAAUCACAUGCCUUGAGGCACGCAAACAAACAUAUCAGUUUCCCCCAGACGCAACCUAUGUUAUCUCUGGUCUAGGAGGUCUCGGAAGAAGCGUCGCUCGAUGGAUGGGGGAAAAGGGGGCCAAGCAUCUUCUCUUACUCUCCCGUUCCGGUGGGAAAACAGCAGAGGCUAUCGAAUGCAUCUCAUUUCUGCGUAAAAUGGGAGUCACCGUUGAGACCCCUGUUUGCGAUGUCUCCAUCCGGGAAGAUGUGGAACAGACAAUUGCUGAAUAUAAACCGACCAUGCCACCGAUCAAAGGGUGCAUUCAUCUGUCCAAAUCAGGCAAUGAUGCCCUUUUCGAGAAUAUGCCAUAUUCAAUGUGGCGAGAGAACAUGGGCGCCAAAGCAGACGGAGCGUGGAAUCUUCACGAAGUCUUACCUAAAGGACUCGACUUUUUCGUCAUGUUUGCCUCUAUCGGUGGUGUCAUCGGCUCUGUCACUCUCGUUGCCUACGGAGCAUCAAACCACUACCUAGACGGUCUCGCACAGUACCGAAUUGCGCAGGGCGAGAAAGCUAUAUCGCUGGAUUAUGGCGUUGCCGAGGAUGAUGGCAGGCUUGCAGAGGACCAAGCUCUGUUCCAUCGAUUCAUGUUGGAGGGUAAAUACAUCCCGAUGCCUGAAUAUGAAUUCUUGGCCCUGUUAGACUAUGCCUGUGAUCCAACCACAGAACUAUCCCAUACAAGAGAGAGCCAGCCAAUCAGUGGUAUCGAGACACCGGGGAAAAUUAUGGCAAAGGGUUUCGAGUUACCGAAUGCAAUGCGCCAGCCGCUUUGGCGUCAUAUGUACCAUGUGAAAGUGGCUGAGAAGACUGACAAUCCUGCCACGACGGAUCGGAGAGAAAAUAUCUCCAUGCAACUCGAUGAUGCGUCCUCAAUAGAAGCAGCGGCCGAUGUAAUCACUGUAGCUUUGGUUAAGCGACUGUCAAGGACGAUAUCGGUCGCAGAAGAGAAGUUGGAUAUCAAUCGGCCAAUGCAUACAUACGGAGUGGACUCUUUGACGGCUGUCGAUCUGCGAAACUGGUUUGCGAGUACCAUGGGUAUUGACGUUGCUGUUUUUGAAAUUCUGGGAGAUAUUUCUUUCGUGGACAUUGGCCUUCUGGUGGCACGGAAGUACAAGGAGAGAAGUCAAGAUAACUAG